AUGCGCCUCCACGAACUCCCCGUCGAAAUCCUCUAUUGCAUCGCCGACGAAUUCGAGUAUUCCUGGAACGUCAAAUCGCUUACUCUCGCCAACUCGCGCCUCUACGAGACUCUCAGCCCUUACCUAUACCGAUUCACGAAGCAGUGCUCGGCCACCGAAGCAUUUCUCUUUGGUCUUAAGUAUGGCAUCAACUCGCUCGUAAGGAAGCUGCUUGUCUUGAAGUCGAAUGACUUUGACGAACGUACAUGGACGAGACUCUUGUCAGCUGCUGCUAAACGUGGGAGUUUAGAGAUCAUGACGCUAUUUCUCGACGCUGGAAAACAGUUACACGCUUCACGCGGAUGGCCGCUUCCCUUUCCUCGAUAUCUGGACUUCGCGCUUUGGCAUGCAAUGAAUUGUCGGCAUGAACCCGUUAUUCGGUUGCUACUAGAACAUGGAGCGGCCCCAGUCCUACACAAUAAAACGGAAUUGGCACACUUCCGGGGUGUGUGGAAGAACGUGUCUGUGGCUAGGCUGCUGAUACGGCGCGUUCGCCAGUCUACAGUUCCUGACUCCGUUUCGCUAUCUCAUCUACUUCAAUGCGCUAUUCGAUCUUCCCAUGGCUGUAACCCUGAGAUUAUCCAAUACCUUCUUGACCAUGAAGCUGAUCGAAGCGCUUUGUUCGGUUCGGCAAGCGAGGUCUAUGGCCUGGGAUACUGCAGCGAUCCUGAAACAGUCCGACGCUUGCUGGAGUACGGUGCCGGUUCUGGACUACCAGGUGUAGAUCUCACCAGACCGCUGCAGCUAGCUAUUUCGAGCGGCAGGUUUAAUACUGCACGGGUGCUGCUGGAAUACGUCGAUAUUACACAAGCGCUAGAAGACAGGGUGACAGGAUUAAACCUGCUCCACAUGGCUGCUUCGACGGGCUCGGAGGCGAUUGUGCGUAAACUUCUUCAGGGCGGAGUCUCCAUCGAAGGACUGUGCGGAGAACCAGAUAAUAGGAACUCGCCGCUCGUGUGCGCUGCAAGGAAUGGUCAGGGAGAUAUGGUGAAGUUGCUGCUCCGUCAUGGCGCAAACCCUCACCCGCAAGCUCUAAUCCAAGCCCUAAAACGUCGCAGCAUGUCGAUGACGAGAUUGAUGCUAGAUGCUGGCGCUGAUCCUAAUUGCAGGAGCAACUCUUCCCGUCAGACUCUAGCCCUAGAGGCUGCAAUGGGCCAUGAGGAUCUGUUUAGACUCCUCCUGGAGCGGGGCGCCAGCAUACCUAGCGGCUACGACCUCUUGGAUAUAUUGAAAGAGGCAGUUAGUAAAGGUCGAGUAUCCGAACUGCCGGUUAUGCUGGAUAGAGGCGUGUCGCUCGCAAACCUGGUCUUCAAUGUGCUACGACCGGCGAUAGAGGGAGGGCAACAGAUGCUAGAGUUUCUGUACAACAACGGCGCUUUAUUGAGAGAAACCCAGAUGAAAAGUAAGAACGAUAAGGAUUAUUCGGCAACGUCUCUCCUGAUGACUUGUUUGUUUCACAAGCGUAUUGAUUCGAUGAUGUGGCUUUUGAAUAUAGGCCUGAUUCCAACAGCAUUCUGCGCCAUCGAUCAGUACGAGAUACUCGAUGGCGUGUUCCGAUGCAGCCGAGACUACCAUAAUGCAGAGAGCGUCCUUGCAGUGCUGGAGAUAUACGGCGUCAAUUUGAAGAUCACGCCGCAAACCAACCGCUUCGCCGUGAUGAGUAUGGUCAACCUGCGGUGUCGGGUAGCCCUCAAAGCAUUCCUGGACCGCGGCGCGAAAUUUCUGCUCGAACAUGUGGAAGACCCCAAGUUCCUUCUGGAUUGCUCGGAUUCUCUCAUACAUCUUGAUAUGAUGUUAAAUGCAGUUCUGCGCGACUCGCCCCGUGAACAGACCCAGCAAUUGGUGUUGGAAUUGAAGGAAUACGCGCAUGAUGCGAAGAACUGA